CCCGAACAAGAUUUUGCGUGUGGAAUAUCUGAUAAUGGUGAUUGCCACCAGGAUAGUCCUUGGAAAACGGCUUUCUUACACAGGAAGCCCAAGACAUGAAUGGAUCGUCAAAGACCACAAGCCAAGAAGCCAAUGACCCAGACACGGGCGCCGGAUGUCCAUUGCCACUGCACCUCAGCAAGGACAGGCACACAACAGUGGCCAAGAAGGAGCAGCCGCUGUUCGUGAGAACCUCAUUUUUGGUUGUGCCUCAGCUGAACGUUCAGCCUAAUGCUAGUCCUUCACAAUGGCUUCUUGGAUAACAGCCACACUUCCCUGGUGACCUUCUGCGCUCCAAUCGCCACUGCAUCUUGAAGGUUCCAAGGGCUUUGAGAAGGAACUACAAAAGAGGGCGACUGCCCGAAUGGCUAUCAUCCAGACUGAUGCUGAUCGCAGGCUCAGACGUGGUCUUCUUCGUCGCUACUUUGGCAACAGUGCUCAGUUUCACCCAGGGCAACUGUGUUUCUGUUGGAGAGAUGCCGAAGCCUCCGACUUUAUCAAGAUUCACUGGAAAGGCCCUGCUCGUGCUCUGAUGAAAGAAGAUGACAGUGAAGGCCGACCACAACUACUCUGGAUCAGCCACAAGUCCCAACUGCUUGAUGCGCACCUCACCACCUACGACCAGCCAUCGACCAAGACACCAGCACCCUCAUCGAGGGACUCCAGCAUGCCAGACUCAAGGAUCUUUGUCGAGAUUCGCGCAACCUAAUUCAGAACCCAAGACCUCUCAUGCAGCGCAGGAUGAAACCAAGGUUGAUUGGUGUCUGGGAAGCAGUUGAACACUAGUGGAGUUAGCAGCAUUGUCAAAUCUGAGAGAUAGCAUCAAGGAAAGACGCAACCAUUCUUACAUUUCCACACCGGCAUGUUGAACCAUUGUG